AUUUUAUUUCCGAUAAAUAAAUAAGGAAACAUGAGGAGAAAAGGCAAGUGGACGGACAGCAUAGGCGAUGCUGUGAGUGGUGCCAAGAGGCACUUGUCACGUCCUGGUGACAGAAGCUCUGAUGAAGACGGGACUAUGCAAACAAGGAAUGAUGACUUUUAUGACCCAUCGUACUCAUCACACAGGGGUGGUUCUCGUAAGAAGAGAUCACGGUCGCCGUACUACAACUCCGAUAUGAAUGAAGACCAUAUUAGAGAUGUGGAACACCAGAGAGAAAUUGAUGAUCUAAAAUACGGAGUGGCUAAAAAUUAUAGAAGCAUCGAGAAGAAAGUGGACAAAGUGCUUGACAUUAACGAUGAAGAGCUCAUUCGACUCAAUAAUCGAGUAGAUUAUCUUGCUAGCAAGGUCAACAAGGCAGGCCACCAGGAUGUAGAGGCCUUGAGGGAUUACAUGGAGCAUAAAUUCAAGGACUCUGAGAAGAAAAGUCUUAAAGCAUUCGAAGAGCUUGAGAAGCAAAAUGCCCACCUUCAAAAAUAAGAUCUUCACUCUUGAAAAAGUAGUCAAUGGAGUUAUGAACGAAAAGGGUGGAGCUCCUACUAAAGAACUCACCGAUGAGAUCAAUACUCUUUAUACAAAGAAAAGGGAGCAGGCUGCCAAGCUAGACCAAGCCUUAGCAAGAAUAGCCAACCUAGAGAAGGACCUUUUUGAUAGGCAAGAUUCACUUGGGAAAAAUAAAAUCUCUGACCGAGAACUAGUAGCUCUCAGAGGAGAGAUGAACAGCAAGAUCAAAGACAUUCAGCUCAGACAAGAGAAGGAUCUCAACCUGACUGACAAGCGCCUUCACAAAAGGAUUGAUGAUAUCCAGGGAGCCAUCGAACAACUUGACCAAGGAAUAGAUGCUAUUGAACAGAGAAGGCUUAACGGUGAGAACAACCUACUCAAGAAAUCAGUCCAGCUUCUCAAAGAAGGAAGCAUGGAUGAUGUCUUGUACGACAUGAAGAGACGUAUCAAAGACAUUGAGACACACAUCCACAAACCUGUAGCACCUGAAAGGAUCAACAUUGAGAAGGAAGAAAUCAUUAAGGAACUUGUCCAAGGCAUGGCCCAAUUCGAAAGAGACAUAACUGACAUGAAGAAGCAACUAGGUGAGCAUGACCAAGAUAUCCAAGACGAAGCUAAAUUAUUGAAUGUCUUAGACCAAGAGAAGAUCAAGGAUAAAGCCAAGCUCGAGAAUUUGAGAGUUCAGAUCCUGGAACUUGACAGAAAUUAUGAGGCACUUAAAAGAGAUAAGGCCCAAACAAACCAAGACAUUGAUGAUCUUAGGCUAGCUUGUGAAUCAGAGUUUAAUCAUGUGAAGAAAGCAGAGAUAACUGAUUUCAAAAACCUUAAUAGCAAAAUUAACGAGUUAACAAACCUCCAGGACAUAGUUGAGCAUCUCUCCAAUCAAGUGGAAUAUCAACAGAGAGAAAUUGAUGGAGUCAGGAAGGAAAAUAGUCAUGGACCUGUUAAAAUUAAAAACAGAGUUGGAACUGAUGCACUGAGUAGCUCAAUGUCACCUGCAACUAUGCUCUUCUCUGACCUAAAGAAUAAGAGACAUCCUGAAUCUGAUGAGACCUUAGCAAAAUAUACCGAUACCCCAUUGACAACAAAAUUCCGUGAGAAGCUAUUAUCAAGAUCAAGAAUCGAAAAUCCAAACUUAAGGGACAAUAAUAAUUCAGACUCUGACGAUCAUAAACCAAGAGAGACAGAUUUCCUUAAAACAAUCCUAAACAAGACGCAGGACUCUGAUAGAGAAAGUGACCCAAGAAGAUCAACUUUCCUAGCAGACCCAUUCAAAAUGAAACACAACAAAGCAGAUCAUAGACCCAGUAGAGAUAAAAGUCAUGACAGAACUCAAAAGAGAAGGAGGGAUUCUCUUUCAUCAAAAUACUCAUACGACCAGAAAAAGCAAGUGAGCAAGCAAAACGAGAAGCUUAACAAAGGAGACAAAUCAGGUCUAAACCCAUCGACUAACAAAGGUAUGCAGCCCAACAAACCAAACAAGGGUAAACCAAAGACUUCGAAGUCCUUAAAAAAAUCCAGAUCAAAGUCUAAAAUCAGCCACAAGAGUGAAGAGAGCUAUUCAGAAGAGGGUUCUGAAGGUUCUGACUUGCCUCGUGGCCCAAUCAAUCCGCCUAGUUCUGUGGGUGAUAAGGUGAGCAACCUGAACAAGAUGAACAACACUGUUAAGAAGAAGAAUAAAUAA